GGAUGGAUGGAUGGAUGUACGGACGGACGGAUGGAUGGAGGAUGGAUGGAUGGAUGGAGGACGAUGGAUGCUCCGCGAGUGAGCUGGAGGCAGCGGUGACUACAGUAAUCUGAAUGACGGCUUUUACUGGCUUGAAUGAAUCCACCCCCACCUCCCCCCCCCCGUCCUCUCUGCCCUCCCUGCUUUCAUGCGCUCAGUCUGCCUCCAGCGUACUGACAGCUGCAUCAUUCCGCCCUGCUGAGUUAUUGGGAUUUGUUUUGCCUCUCUUCCGGCUCUGUAUUGAAGCCGUCCCUGCGCAUCGCUUGUCAUCCGGGCUUAUUGUUAUUGACUGCAUUAUAGUUUUUUAUUUUUUAUUUUUAAUUCCAUCGAUAGUUGGAAUCGGGGGGAGGGGGUGUGGCAGAGAGGAUGUUCUCGUCCUCGUCCAGAAACUCUCUGUUCUCACCCUGGUUGUCGAUGGAGCAGUCUGACUCUGAAGCGCUGGACAUCAGCACCAAGGUGCAGCUGCACGGGGUCCUGUGGAAGAGGCCCUUCGGACGCCCAUCGGUCAAGUGGUCCCGCAGAUUCUUCAUCAUCAAAGACAGCUUCCUGCUCUACUAUGCAGAGAGCGAGAGGAGAAACUUUGAGACCAACAGAUACUUCAACAUCCACCCCAAGGGGGUCAUCCCUUUGGGAGGAUGUGUGGUUUCAUCCAAUGAAAACUUGGGGAUGCCCUUCGGCAUCGUGGUCAACCUGGAGGACUUUACUGGCACCAUAGUACUGGCCGCUGAGUCCGGGGAGGAGCAGGUCCAGUGGAUGGAGAUGCUGCAGGAGUCGGGGAAAGUCACGUGGAAGAGCGCCCAGCUGGGGGAGGCCAUGAUCGAGAGCCUGGAGGCUCAGGGGCUGCAGCUGGCCAAGGAGAAGCAGGAGUACCUGGGUAAGCAUGGAGGACAGUCCCACCCCCGUCCCUGCUUUUUAAAGGGACGUGUCCCACUGCUCUGUAACCCGUCCCCCGCUCUGCAGGAGCUGGAGCGUCUGAACCAGCUUCUGGAGGAGGAGAAGAUGAAGUUUGAGGAGGUGGUGGUGGAGCUCACGGCGGAACAGGAGAAUAUCAAAUUAGACCUGGACGGGACGGCCCAGUCCCUGAAAGGUGUGGAGAGCGAAAAAGAAGAGCUGAGCAAUUUAACCGACAUGCUGCAGAAAUCCAUCGAGGAGCUCUCUCAGGAGAAACAGAGGACUCUGGAGCUGUUGGGGGUGACGGAGCCGGGUGAGGCCGAGACAGCGGGGGAGAACGCGGCCCGCGGGGACGCCGUGGGCGGGGGGCACCACGGAGAGGUGGACCUGCUGGAGGACCUGAAACACAUCGAGGAGCAGAUGAAGGACCUGCUGAAGGAGAAGGAGCAAGCGCACAACAAACUGCGGGAGAAGGACCAGCGCGCUCGCGUCCUGCAGCAGGAGAGGGAGUUCUACUCCUCUCAGGCCGAGACGCUGCAGCAGUCCCUGUCCCAGCUCACGGUGGACAAACAGCAGACCGAGGCCGAGCUCAAGGUGGAGAUAGAGUCCAGGGUGGAGCUGGAGAAGAGACUGAAUCAGGCCGAACAGGCUCUGCAGGACCUGGAGAAAGGCCUGGAGUCCCUGGAGCGGACCAAAGAGACGGACGAGAAGAUGAAGGGCGGGGUGACCCAGCUGAGGAGAUUCUUUGAGGAGUGCAUCUGUGCAGCAGAGAUUGAGGCGAAGCUUCCAUCGAUAAUGAAGAACGCCGUGUAUCUGCACAAAGCCGCCGCGCGCAGGAUCAAGAGCUGCCGGAUCCAGAGGAGAGCCUCCAGACACCACUGGUUGAAGCACUCCAAGUCUUUUGCCGUUUCCAGGUGUGAUGACGACAGCAUGGAGGAGCUGCGAGAGACGGCCCGCCGACUGACCACCGACAGCAGCUUCAGGGAGAGCGUGUACGAGAUCAUCGCCCGGAAGGACGCCACCAACAAGCCCGAGGACUGAGAGGAGGGGAGGCCAUGUUGAAGGGGGGGGGGACGGUCCUUAGCUUUAGAUUUAGAGAUCCUGAUGUGAAAUCCACUAUUAAGAUGCUCAAAC